AUGCAACUGACACAUGUGGAAGCUGUGGUCAUCCUCGGGAUUGUUAUUCCUCAGAUAUCCAGCAUCAGGCUUUCGUCUGCACCCCCCGACUGUUGGGCUGCUGUGGAUACCUGCAUGUCAGAUUUAUGUGAGAGCGAACAGGCGUUUUACGGCGGCAUCUGUAAAGAUGAAGGCUGCCAAAUAAAGGGCUCAGAGGUCUGUAACAUGACCAUCCAGACCGCACUGGACCAAUUUCCCUCACUGCGAGGGUGUGUGUGUGCCCAGGAGGAGGAGGAGGACCUGUGCGACUCCAUACAAGCGCUUGCCGAACAAUGCCACAGAAAGCCAGUGAGUCACCAGAAGAGGAGCACGUUGGUGGACUGGGAGUCAAGCACUUUAAUAGGCCGUGUGUAUGACGGUGCUGGGUCCUGCUUGGACCAGAUGACGGUUUGUCUCGGUGACGCCGUUUUCCAGAAGCACCUGAUAUCUGUUCUCUCGGCGUGUACGGCAGAUCCGUGCGACCGUGACCUCUGCCAGGAAGUGACGAGGCACUUCUACGGGAGCAUGCCGCAGAACGUGGCGGAGAUGCUGGUCAUGUGCGAGUGCGACGCUUCAGAUGAGAGCUGCCUGCAGAUGAAAACGUCUCUGCACAGCGGCCCGUGCGCAGACGAGAGCCGGAUCUGCCAGGAGAGAGUUAAACAGUGUCUUGAUGAUGGUGUCUGCAGCGACCUGUUAGAAAACUUCCGAGCCAAAUGCUGGAGCUUGGAAAAUGAUCAGUGUGGCAACCUUGUGGAUGAAUGUCUCGCCAGCAUGGACCCAGCUUUCAUCUUCGGGGCAGAUCCUGAAUGCAAAAUGGCCUUCGUAGACACUCUGGGCACAGUGCUGCACCGUCCUUGUUCAUGCAGAGGCGUGCACAAUGACGACCUGCGGACGUGCAACAUGAUUCAUGACGUGUUUCAUAACAGAUCAGUGUUCAUGGCAUCUUUGAAAAGCAGCAGUGUUCCUUCUAAACCUCCUAAGCUCAACGAGUCUGAGCGUCGUCACACACGGUCACAUGAUUAUCUGCUGUAUGCCUUUGCAACUGUGCUGCUUGUCGGAGUCGUUGUUUUGAUGCCUCUGGCUGUUGUAAAUAAACUUUGGAUUUUGAGGAAAAGAGAUGAAACGAAAUGUCACCACCCACAGAAAAGCCGCCUUGUUGUUAUUCUCUGA